UGAGAUGAGAAUACUUUUAUUCUUUACCGCGGUCAUAAGACCUGACCAGGAGUGUACUUGCACCAUUGGAGAGCAGUAACGCGACAGGAUGUGGUUGCAGAUGUAGAAGGAAACGUGGCGGCGUCACUGGUGCGGUGCCGCAGCCAUUUCGCUUUUCAUUCAUUGGUUUUGAGGCCUACGUCGUCUAAUCGGAUACACAGAACUUCAUCAUGGUGAAAAUAUUUAUUGGCAACCUCGCCUGCAAUACCGCACCCGAGGAGCUGCGCGAGCUUUUUGAGAAGUACGGAAAGGUCUCUGAAUGUGACAUUGUCAAAAACUAUGGUUUUGUACACAUGAGCAAUAUGUCGGAGGCAGAGGAGGCCAUCCGAAACCUCCACCAGCACGAGCUAAACGGAUGGCGCAUCAAUGUGGAGAUGAGCAAAGGGAGGCCCAAGUCCACCACCAAGCUGCACGUCAGCAACCUCGGCGAAGGGGUCACCACUGACGUCUUGCGGGCCAAGUUCCAGGAGUUUGGCACGGUGGUGGAGUGUGACAUAGUAAAGGAUUACGCCUUCAUUCACAUGGAGCGAAUGGAGGAUGCCAUGGACGCCAUCAGUAAGCUGGACAACACCGCCUACAAAGGCAAGCUGAUGAGCGUACAGCUGUCCACCAGUCGGCUUCGCACCGCCCCAGGAAUGGGAGAGCACACUGGCUGCUAUGUCUGCGGGAAACAUGGUCACUGGUCGAAAGAUUGUCCAGUCGGUGGGAACGGUAGCCACGGCGAUGACACAAGGGGUCACAGCGGUCGAGGUCCCCCGCACGGCCAUGGUUAUGGCGGGGGCGGCUACGAGAUGGCCUCUUCAGCAGCUGAUUACAUGGCCGGCGCUGCGUUUAGUCGGGCGAAUUACGCGGGCGGGAUGCCGCCCCCCCCUCGCAGGCUCAGUGGCUACGGGACGGAGCCGGGGGAUCGGUACGGCGGCAGGGCAGCAAGCGCCUACGUGGAGAGGUCACCACCUUACGACCGCGACCGUCUCUACAGCAGUGUUGACUAUUAUGAGAAGUACAGAGCUCACCCGUACGGCUCCAGCUAUUUUGAGGAUCGUCGAAUGUCCUUUCUCCCCCCUCCCCCACCUCCUCUCCUCCCUCUCAAAGCUCUCCUCCAGUAUAGAUCCAUACGACCCUCGGUCACUGCCUCCAUCCUCAUCAGCCGCCGCGUACUUUGCACGGGACCGCAGCCCGAUCAGACGAGUGCCGGUGUCCUCAGCGGACUUCGAGCAAACACAGUCCACGGCGUCGGGCCCCCGGAGCUCCUACGCUGCUCCGCGACCCAAGGAAAAUUUCGAGCCGCGCUAUGCGCCUUAUUAAAUCCUCGGUGCCAAGGUCGGUUUGUCAACCACAGGACUUUCACCUUUGCAGGCAUAUCAAGCUACGUGAAUUCAUCGGUCUGAGCCGGGUGUGGAAAAUUAAGAUUGGAAAUUUCCCGCCGUCUUCGGGGCAGGCGAGAUGGCGGUUGCCUGCCGAUCAAUUUUUCUUUUAUUCAAAUUCACUUAACCUGUUCAAUAAGAAUGAAUGGCACCGUUUUAAAUAUAUUAUGUAUAAAACCAUAAUAUGUUCACUCGCUCAGCAGGUUUCCACUUCAGUUUUUAGCCAUUUUCCUUUUUGUGUGUGUGUGUGUGGUUGUCUUUCUUCCUCACAUGAAGAAAAAUUGUUUAAUUUGGCAAAUGUAAAUUGUUCGGCUUCUGUUUUAAUAUAUGAAUAUGUACUCUUUUGAAUGGGAUGGGGUUUAAUGUGCUGCAUUAGUUGCUUGUAGUGCAAAAGAAGCUUACUGUGCUCUUAGACACAUAUGGGACUUGAUAAAUAUCAGUUACAUAAAAUUGUAUAAAUGUUUUUUCAAAAAUGAUCUUCAUUGGCGUCUUAUCAAUGUACUGUGACGGCGAGGACUCUUCUGGUAUGUGUCGUCGCAGCAUAAACCGUUUUGCUUGAAAGGAUAUUAUACUCCAUAAGCAGUCUAGUAGUGGGUGAGAGAAGAAACCUGAGCUUGUGCAUAAAUGGACUCAGUGGUCCACACUGAAAAAGACAAUAACCAAAUCCAUGAAACUGACGUGUUCAGUUAGGACACAGAAUCCCAGAGUUAUUGUGUAUUUUAAGAAGAAACAAACAUUCCAUCCUCAUUUCUUUUUUUUCCCAAAAGAACACAAAGAAAUACUUUAAAUAAGUUGUUUGCAGAUCAGAAAUCAACCCUUGAUUUAAAGAUUUUGCAAAUAAGAACGGGAGCCAACGUGCAUGUGACGUGUAAAGUAAACUGGCCCUACCUCUUACCUGAAAAUAAGCCUACAUCUGGGAUGGACGUUCAUAUGCUCGAACUGAUACAGGAAUGUGAGGCAGCACUCUGCUGAGGGAGUGGAAGUCCAGGGGUACUGAAGAAGGUGGUUUGGUUUUGCAAAGAGGUGGAUUUGAGGUUUUGUAUUUUUCAUACUAGCUGUAAAAGUACCAGCAUGAAUACAAACACCUAAAGUUAAUCCAAUUUUAAAUAAAGCCCAAGUUUUUGAUCA